CUUCUGCUUUUGGAAUGUCAUGAUGCCUUUGAUGAAGUGACGAAUCUCUUAACUCUUCUCACCGCCCUCGAACAGCUGCGCGACGCCCUUCCAUUUCCACCGCCCCUCUUGCCGUUUCAGGAGCAUUGGAGCUUCUUCCGCGACACCGACCACCACCAUCUUUCUGAGCCCAAUCCUCGCAUUCACAUCUCUCCACAAAUCUCAUCCCCAAAGCCGCUUUCGACCUUCUCUCAACACUCACAUCCCAACCAUCUCCGCAAGCACAAUGGCCACCGAGACGACCAAAGUCGUGCCGCUCACCUGCCACGGGCACUCGCGCCCCAUCACGCACAUCUCCUUCUCAUCCGUCGUCGAUGAUGACCAGUUCUACCUGAUCAGCGCGUGCAAGGACAACAACCCGAUGCUGCGGGACGGCGUGACGGGCGACUGGAUUGGCACCUUCAUCGGGCACAAGGGCGCCGUAUGGCAGGCGCGGCUGUCGUCGGACGCGACGCUGGCGGCGACGGGGUCGGCCGACUUCAGCGCAAAGGUGUGGGACACGCACACGGGCGAGGCGCUGCACACGCUGCAGCACAACCACAUUGUGCGCGCCGUGGCGUUCCCGGCCCAGGCCCGCCCCCAGAUCCUCGCCACCGGCGGCGCCGAGAAGAAACUCCGCAUCUUCGACCUCUCGCGCAGUAGCGGCAGCGGCAGCAACAGCUCGGCCUCUUCGCCCACGGGCACUGGCGCGGGCGCUGACGCUGCUGCGGCGGCCCCGAGCUACGAGAUCGGCCCCGGUGUUCAUGAGGGCACGAUCCGCUCGAUCGUCUGGGCCAAUGACUUGAACGUGCUCAUCACCGCGUCCGAGGAUAAGAAGAUCCGGUGGUGGGACUUGCGCACGCGCAGCACGAUUGGCGAAUACGCCGUCAACGGCACAGUGGGCAGCUGCGAGCUCGAGAACCUGGGAGUGGACGGCAGCCAAGGCGGCGGCGUGCUGAGCGUUGCGGCUGGCAAAAGCGCCUACUUCUUCGAUGGGCGCCAGCCCGCAACUCUGAUCAAGCAGGUCGAGACGCCGUACGAGCUCGCCAGCGUCGCGCUGCACGCCGGACAGGGCAAGUUUGUCACUGGCAGCUCCGGUGACACGUGGGUGCGCGUGUGGGACUUCAACGAAGGCAACGAGCUUGAGAUGGGCAAGGGUCACCACGGCCCCAUCUGGACGACCAGCUUCUCCCCCGACGGCAAGCUCUACGCGACCGGCAGCGAAGACGGCACCAUCAAGUUGUGGAAGUUCACCACGGGCCCGUACGGCCUCUGGAGGUAAAGAGGGGGGAAAGAACCAAGAAGGAAAAAGAGGAAGACCACCCCUGGAUGGACAUGCAUGCAUAUAUAGAGCGCUUAGGCAGCACGCACAAGCACACACAAUUGAUACCCCUCCCAUUUCGCGGC